UCUUUCGUCCAUUGUGACAAAGACGAAGUCUUUGGCAGGGUUCGUACGGAACCCUAAAUUGCUAUCGAAGCUCUGUGAAUUGAUUAUGUUGAAGAUAGCUCAGUUAUCUUCCUCCGAAUCCACGCCUUCUAUUCCCGCCUUCUUCUCCGCCGCCGCCGCUUCGUCGUCAACGCCUCCUCGUAUGGGAGUUCUGUCUUUCAGGUCUGGUUCGGCCUGUGGAUUUUGUAGGAUCUUUAAGCCGAAUAAAGUAGCUUUCAACAAUAUGAUUCUUUCAGCUAUUGGGACAUGCUGCAUUCCCGGGUUUCACUCUGUUCGUCGUAAAGGGAGUAGGUCGGCUUCAUCGAGGAAAAGGUUCAUCAAGAGAAAUGACCAAUCAUUUUCCACUGCUUUACAGAGCAGUUCACUCUUUGUUCAUCCUCCUCCUCUUCCGUCGUUAGUCGUUUCAAGCAAUCUCUCUCCAUCCGAUACCCCCCAAAGAUCGGACGAAUGGUUUGCCUUACGAAAAGACAAGCUUACCACGAGUACCUUCAGUACAGCUCUCGGCUUCUGGAAAGGAACCCGUCGUUACGAGCUAUGGCACGAGAAAGUAUAUGACUCGGAAUCACAAAUCUUGGAUUCCUCCAAACGGUUUGCAAUGGACUGGGGAGUUCUGAACGAAGGAAACGCUAUAGACAGGUACAAGAACAUCACGGGUCGGGAGGUUAACUCGAUGGGAUUUGCUAUUCACUCGAAAGAGCAACUCCGCUGGCUCGGGGCUUCCCCAGAUGGCGUUCUUGAUUGCCUCGGGAUUCUAGAAGUGAAAUGCCCGUAUAACAAAGGGAAACCCGAGAGAGCCUCGCCAUGGUCAACCAUGCCAUUCUAUUACAUGCCUCAAGUGCAGGGUCAGAUGGAGAUAAUGGACAGGGAAUGGGUGGAUUUGUAUUGCUGGACACCGAACGGGAGCUCGAUGUUCCGGGUAACGAGGGAUCGAGGCUAUUGGGAUCUAAUCCACGGGAUUCUCCGCGAGUUCUGGUGGGAGAACGUGGUUCCGGCAAGGGAGGCUUUGCUGUUAGGAGAGAAGGAAGAGGCGAAAUCGUUUAUGCCGACAUCUACUCACAGGCAGACAGGGCUUGCCAUUGGUAAGAGCAUACGCUUGGCCGCAGAAGCAAAGCUUGUCUGUAAGGAAAUUGCAGGCCAAGUCGAGUUUUUCAGGUGAAUGUUGAUUUCGAUCAAAGGGUAUUUGAUUGAUUGAAACAACAUCUUUUUUUUUUUUGGGUUCUUUAACUGAUAUUAUAUAAGAUUCAUUCUUGUUGUAUACUUAUGAAAACUUGUGUAAUUCAAUUACAUUCUGAAUCAAAGAAAGUUUCUUUCUCA